GAAAUCAAAUUAAUUAAACCCAAAAAAAGAAUACAAAAUGUUGCGCGCUACAAAAUUCUUGCCACGUUUGAUUGGACAAAAACAGGCCAGUUUGGUUGCCGGAAAAUAUUCUAGCAUUUUCGAAAAUCAAUGUACCGCCUUGAACAAUGGAAUUGCCGCUCAGUUGCGUCACAAAUCUGGUGAAGUCAAAGGAGCCGUCAUCGGUAUUGAUUUGGGUACAACCAAUUCCUGUGUUGCCGUCAUGGAAGGUAAACAAGCUAAAGUAAUUGAGAAUGCCGAAGGUGCCCGUACCACACCAUCUCAUGUCGCCUUCACCAAGGACGGUGAACGUUUGGUCGGUAUGCCCGCCAAGCGUCAGGCUGUCACCAAUGCUCAAAACACAUUCUAUGCCACCAAACGUUUGAUUGGUCGCCGUUUCGAUGAUCCUGAAAUUAAGAAAGAUUUAAAGAAUUUGUCAUACAAGGUGGUCAAGGCCUCCAAUGGUGAUGCCUGGGUACAAUCUACCGAUGGCAAAGUAUACUCACCCUCACAAAUUGGUGCUUUCGUUUUGAUGAAAAUGAAGGAAACUGCUGAGGCAUAUUUGAAUACCCCCGUCAAGAAUGCUGUUGUCACUGUUCCCGCCUACUUCAACGAUUCGCAACGUCAAGCCACCAAGGAUGCUGGUCAAAUUGCCGGCUUGAAUGUUUUGCGUGUUAUCAACGAGCCCACAGCUGCUGCUUUGGCCUAUGGCAUGGACAAGACUGAUGAUAAGAUUAUUGCUGUCUACGAUUUGGGUGGCGGUACCUUCGAUAUUUCAAUUUUGGAAAUUCAAAAGGGUGUCUUCGAAGUCAAGUCCACCAACGGUGAUACCAUGUUGGGUGGUGAAGAUUUCGACAAUGCCAUCGUCAACUAUUUGGUCUCCGAAUUCAAGAAGAGCAGCGGCAUUGACAUCACUAAGGACUCCAUUGCCAUGCAACGUUUGAAGGAAGCCGCCGAAAAGGCCAAGUGUGAAUUGUCCUCGUCCCAACAGACCGACAUUAACUUGCCCUACUUGACCAUGGAUGCUUCUGGCCCACAACACAUGAACUUGAAAAUGACCCGUUCCAAAUUGGAAAACUUGGUCGGUGAUUUGAUCAAGCGCACCAUCCAACCCUGCCAAAAGGCUUUGUCUGAUGCUGAAGUCAGCAAGUCCGAUAUUGGUGAGGUAUUGUUGGUCGGUGGUAUGACUCGUAUGCCAAAGGUACAACAAACUGUACAAGAUUUGUUCGGUCGCCAACCAUCCCGCUCCGUCAAUCCCGAUGAAGCUGUUGCCGUAGGUGCUGCUGUCCAGGGUGGUGUUUUGGCCGGCGAUGUUACCGAUGUCUUGCUUUUGGAUGUCACUCCCUUGUCAUUGGGUAUUGAAACUUUGGGCGGUGUCUUCACCCGUUUGAUCAACCGCAACACCACCAUCCCCACCAAGAAAUCCCAAGUGUUCUCCACUGCUGCUGAUGGCCAAACUCAAGUCGAAAUUAAGGUACAUCAAGGUGAACGUGAAAUGGCUGCCGAUAACAAGAAAUUGGGUUCCUUCACAUUGGUCGGUAUUCCACCAGCACCCCGUGGUGUACCCCAAAUCGAAGUUGUCUUCGAUAUUGAUGCCAACGGUAUUGUACAUGUCUCGGCCAAGGAUAAGGGUACCGGCAAGGAACAACAAAUUGUCAUUCAAUCCAGCGGUGGUCUCAGCAAGGACGAAAUCGAAAACAUGGUUAAGAAAGCCGAAGAAAUGGCUGCUGAAGAUAAGAAGAAACGUGAAAUGGUUGAAUUGGUCAAUCAAGGUGAAAGCAUUGUCCACGAUACUGAGACCAAGAUGGAAGAAUUCAAAGCUCAAUUGCCAGCUGAAGAGUGUGAGAAAUUGAAGAAGGAAAUUGCUGAUUUGCGUCAAUUGUUGGCCAACAAGGAAACCGCCGAUCUUGAAGAAGUCCGCAAGGCCACCAGCAAUUUGCAACAAUCAUCCUUGAAACUCUUCGAAAUGGCCUACAAAAAGAUGGCUUCUGAACGUGAAGGCCAAAGCGGUAGCAGCACAUCAGAAGAAUCUGGAAGCAGCGAAGAAAAGAAGACCGAGGGCAAGAACUAAG